GGACAGAACAGAAGAGAAACUCCUUUGUAAAAUCUAAGGUCAUUUCGCUUUUUCGACUUCCGUGACAGAGAGGUUCUAGAAGUCAGAGGGCAUGGCCAAGGAAGCUGAACUCAAGAAGAUUGAGCUGAAGGUGUCUGUUGACUGCUGUGAUGGCUGCAAGAAGAAGGUCAAGAAGGCUUUGCAAGCAGUUGAAGGCGUUUUGAAGACGGAAAUUGAUCCUUCGCAGCCGAAGGUCACAGUCCUCGGAAAUGUGGAUCCCCAGAUACUGAUCAAGAAACUAGCCCGAGUCGGAAAACAAGCAGAAGUUUGGAUUCGCAAGAACAAGAAUGAUGACAGAGACAAAAGAGAGAAGGAAACCCCCAAAACCGGGUCAGAGCCAGCAAAGUGCUCGGAAUCAAAUGAUAAACCGAAAGGAAAAACCAAUGAGGCAAUCCCCUCUAAAGAUGAAGGCAAAAAAAAAGCUUCAAAGAAGAACGAGGAAACAGAUAACAACAAAAACAACAGCAGCAGCAAGAGUUCUGCAAACACUGAGGCUAUUAAAAACGAGGCUCCUUUUCCUUCAAGACUAUCCGAGUCCAAUAAUUUUAUGUAUCCAAUCCCAGGCAUUGUGCAAGGUGAUCCUAAGACAAGUACCCAAUGCUUUUACUUGGUCGAGCCUCGUCCUAUGGGAAUCCCAUGUUACGCGGUAUGCUCGUAUAUGGCUUCUUUGCCUCCAACAAGUUAUGGCCAAGAAUAUUACUCCCAUGAGAGGCGACCGGUACAGAUGGAAUUUCAGACGCCAUUGGCCCGCGUAGGAGACUACUUUGAUGACGAGAACACGGUGGGAUGCCAUGUGAUGUGAGAAUGACAGACAUUAUUACAGAAAUGAAUUCAGAAGAGAGGUGAUUUCUUCUGUAUGAUGAGUUCCUGCGGGGAUGACAAUCGCUUUGAGGAGAGAGCGAAACUACUACCUUUUGUUAGUCUAGAUUGUGGUUUCUUUUCCUUCUGAAGUUGUAUACACAGUUAUGCAGUUAGCAUUCUGCUC